AACUGAGCAGCCAGGGAGAAGGCCUAGAGCCUGUGCCUUUCAGCUAGAUAGCUGGAGGAACUGGCUCCUCCCUCCUUAGGCUGUGCUGGCCUGAGCUGGGAGCCUGAGAGCUGGGGCAGUUGUCUCUAAAGUGGCUUCUGGGACUCUGGUAAGAGGUGAGCUCCUGGUGCUGCCUCAGAGCCUUUGUGUUUCCUGGCAUUUGGGAGAGCUGGAGUUGGGCUGUCCUGCAUGGAUUCUGCUUCUCAGAAGAUGCACUAUUAUAGAUACUCUAACGCCAAGGUCAGCUGCUGGUACAAGUACCUCCUUUUCAGCUACAACAUCAUCUUCUGGUUGGCUGGAGUUGUCUUCCUUGGAGUCGGGCUGUGGGCAUGGAGCGAAAAGGGUGUGCUGUCCGACCUCACCAAAGUGACCCGGAUGCAUGGAAUCGACCCUGUGGUGCUGGUCCUGAUGGUGGGCGUGGUGAUGUUCACCCUGGGGUUCGCCGGCUGCGUGGGGGCUCUGCGGGAGAAUAUCUGCUUGCUCAACUUUUUCUGUGGCACCAUCGUGCUCAUCUUCUUCCUGGAGCUGGCUGUGGCCGUGCUGGCCUUCCUGUUCCAGGACUGGGUGAGGGACCGGUUCCGGGAGUUCUUCGAGAGCAACAUCAAGUCCUACCGGGACGAUAUCGACCUGCAAAACCUCAUUGACUCCCUUCAGAAAGCUAACCAGUGCUGUGGCGCAUAUGGCCCUGAAGACUGGGACCUCAACGUCUACUUCAAUUGCAGCGGUGCCAGCUACAGCCGAGAGAAGUGCGGGGUCCCCUUCUCCUGCUGCGUGCCAGAUCCUGCGCAAAAAGUUGUGAACACACAGUGUGGAUAUGAUGUCAGGAUUCAGCUGAAGAGCAAGUGGGAUGAGUCCAUCUUCACGAAAGGCUGCAUCCAGGCGCUGGAAAGCUGGCUCCCGCGGAACAUUUACAUUGUGGCUGGUGUCUUCAUCGCCAUCUCACUGUUGCAGAUAUUUGGCAUCUUCCUGGCAAGGACGCUGAUCUCAGACAUCGAGGCAGUGAAGGCCGGCCAUCACUUCUGAGGAGCAGAGUUGAGGGAGCCGAGCUGAGCCACGUUGGGAGGCCAGAGCCUUUCUCUGCCAUCAGCCCUACGUCCAGAGGGAGAGGAGCCGACACCCCCAGAGCCAGUGCCCCAUCUUCAGCAUCAGCGUGACGUGACCUCUCUGUUUCUGCUUGCUGGUGCUGAAGACCAAGGGUCCCCCUUGUUACCUGCCCAGACUUGUGACUGCAUCCCUCUGGAGUCUACCCAGAGACAGAGAAUGUGUCUUUAUGUGGGAGUGGUGACUCUGAAAGACAGAGAGGGCUCCUGUGGCUGCCAGGAGGGCUUGACUCAGUCCCCCUGCAGCUCAAGCAUGUCUGCUGGACACCCUGGUCCCCUCUUCACUGGCAUCCAGACAUCUGCUUUGGGUCAUCCACAUCUGUGGGUGGGCCGUGGGUGGAGGGACCCACAGGCGUGGACAGGGCAUCUCUCUCCAUCAAGCAAAGCAGCAUGGGGGCCUGCCUGUAACGGGAGGCGGACGUGGCCCCGCUGGGCCUCUGAGUGCCAGCGCAGUCUGCUGGGACAUGCACAUAUCAGGGGUCGUUUGCAGGAUCCUCAGCCAUGUUCAAGUGAAGUAAGCCUGAGCCAGUGCGUGGACUGGUGCCACGGGAGUGCCUUGUCCACUGUCCCCCUGUGUCCACCAGCUAUUCUCCUGGCGCCAGAACUGCCUCUGGUCUUGAUAGCAUUAAGCCCUGAUGGCGCCGGUGGGGCGGUGGGCAUGGUUCUUCACUGAGAGCCGGCUCUCCUUUUCUUAAAGUGUGUAAAUAGUUUAUUUAUAGGGGUAAGAAUGUUUUCACACCAUUUCACUUCCUCUUCCUCUCCUCCAGCAUUCUCCUCUGAGCAGCCUUAGAUAGUGUCCAUGGCUGGAGCCGACCCUUUGAGUCCCCUUGAGUGUCUUAAGAACCAGCCCACAACAGCCUCUCUUUCUCCUCCACAUACUGCAGCCUCCCUCCAUGCAUCCCACAUACAAGCACUCCCCCACUCCCCAGCGUGGCCUCACUGUCUUCUGGUCUUGGUGCUACUGAAAUUGUCACCCAGAAUUUGAAUCCUGACCCUCCCCACUGCAAGCCCAGGGAGCCCCAGCCCAAGAUGGCCAGCCUGAAACUGUUGGCCAGGGCUCCUCUUGUGGCCAUGUACCCAGGGCUGGCUGGCCUGCCAUUUGCCUCUCCCCAGAGACAGCAGUUCUUCUGCAACCACGCCCCGUGCCUAGCCACAACCCCAGGCUGCAGCUGCUCAGAAGCUCCGGGCGUUUUGUUUCUGGUGACCGCCCCUAAUGGGAUAUCGGUGAUCACUGGUCCACCCUUCCUGUCAGGGCUUUUCUGGGGCUGCUCUUGGAAAUGAAGUCUUAAGUACUGAAUAACUCCCCUGGGGAUAGCUGGGGCAUUUGUCUAGCUGGGCUACUUUCUAACACUUUGCCAUAGCUCGGACCACUCCUCAUCGUUCAGGGAUCGAGUGCAACCUUAAGUUACUUGCCGGAGUGUACAUUCUAGUGUGGUGUAUACUGGUGGCUGUUGAUGAUGAUAUUAUCUUUUUUUUUUUUUUUUUUUUUUUACAAUUCUCUAUAGACUAGGAGAAGAAGAAUGCUUAUGUUUUUCGGAAGUGUGAUGCUUCUCUUUGACUGCCAAACUCUUUUAUGGAAUAUAUCUUUAUAUUAAU